CUCCCGUAUCGUGCUAAUCAGUCUCCAGGGAGUGGGAUCGGACACGACACACAUCCUAUUGGAGCAAAGUGUGGUGUCUCCUGCCUGCGAGCUGGACUUCGGUGCAGGUUGCAGUGGAAACAUUGAUGUGCACCCUCUGUGUGGACGGCAAGGACAGAGGCACGGCGGCAGCAGAUGUCUCGUGGCGGAGAUUAUAAAUAAAAGCGACCAGAGCAGGGGAGCACUGACGGGCUUUAGCGAGGCCGCUGUCAGGGUGGCAAUGUCUUUUACUCGCCGGAUAGUUUCUCAGCAAGACACUUGGCCAACCUCUUCUAACAAUGACUGUGUCCUUGUUAUUGGACUUGAUGCCUGCUCUUGGUUGGGGGCCAUAUCAUGGGCACCAGUGGAGAACCGUGUGUGGCGUUUGGCUUGCUACAAGAAACAUGAGGUUGAGAGAGCGAAUUGAAAUGGAAAAACGAAUGAGUGUAAAGAGGUCGGAGAAGGUCCAGCUGUGUGUGGUGACAGGACUCUGAUUGUGAGACUGGGUGAUAAUAUCAUCAUGCCAUCAGCAAAGCUGCUGAAGAAUGCCCAAUAUAUCGAAUUGGGCAGUUACCAGUAUUGGCCAGUUCUGGUGCCCAGAGGAAUCCGCCUGUACACUUAUGAGCAGGUGCCAGGAUUCCUACGGGAAAAUCCUUAUAUCACUGAUGGCUACAGAGCUUAUCUGACCUCUAGACUUUGCAUUAAAAGCCUUCUCAUUCUGUCCAAUGAGACGGUAAACAUCUGGAGUCAUCUGUUGGGGUUCUUCCUGUUCUUCACGCUGGGAGUUUAUGACUUGUUGGCAGUGCUGCCUAUGUUAGGAGCGUCCAGAGAGGACUAUGUCAUCUACUCCAUAGGCCUCUUCUGCUUCCAGGUGUGCAUGCUGUGUUCUGUGGGCUAUCACCUGUUUAGCUGCCACCGUUCUGAAAAAACCAGCCGCCGCUGGAUGGCACUGGAUUAUGCUGGGAUCUCCAUAGGAAUCAUAGGCUGUUAUGUUCCAGGAGUGUUCUAUGCGUUCUACUGCAAUAACUACUGGCGGCAGGUGUACCUGGUAACCGUUCUGGCCAUGAUGCUGGCAGUGUUCUUCGCCCAGAUACACCCUCAUUACUUGACCAAGAAGUGGCAGAAGCUUCGCUCUGUUAUAUUCUGUGCUGUGGCGGGAUAUGGCCUCAUCCCCACCUUUCAUUGGAUCUGGCUCAGUGGGGGUUUCAGCUCAGACAUAGUCCAGGAAUUUAUUCCCAGAGUGCUGAUAAUGUAUGUACUUGCUGUAGCUGCUAUCAUCUUCUACAUGUCCAAAGUUCCAGAGCGUUAUUUUCCAGGUCAUCUGAACUACUUGGGCUCCAGCCAUCAGGUCUGGCACAUAUUGGUAGUGCUCAUGUUCUACUGGUGGCAUCAGUCUGCACUUUUCAUAACCAACUAUCGACACGCUCACCCUUGCUCAGACUACCCUCUUCAUUCCUAGAGUUACGGGAUCGAGAGACACCACUGAGGAAUGUUGUAUAGCAUUUUAAAUGAUCUUAAAGCUUGAACACAUUCAGUGUUUAUAAGAUAUGAUUGCAAGGUGUAUGUAUUUCGUUUUUUUUUUAACUGUUUAUCAAUUUUGACACUUUUUAUACAUUUUGUAAAAUUGCCUAGAUGUUUUAGUAUAACUACAGUUUAAAGGCACUUGAGGCAAGCAGUGUUAAAAGCACUUUAAAAAUCAAGGUGAAGCACCAUAUCAUAGCGUUUGCAUGCGUGGGUUUCUACAUCUAUACAAAUGUACUUCUUGGGUAACAUGCAGGUUGUGGGCAAAACGUCUGUUAAAUGCUAAUAGUUAAACAUUCAGCAUUGAAUUGUCUGUUCAAUACUAUUUUGAUGUUUACUUUUUGUAUUUGCACCCAAAAUUCAAUGAUUCACAAGCUUACUAGUGCCACAUUUGAUUUGUUGGGUUUGUGUGAACAUGACUUUUUAAAUAAACGUAGAUGAUAGAAUAGUUGCAAUGAUACUUAAGUCACGUAGUCUUAUUUACAACAUUGAAUAAACCAAAGAGAUUAGAUAGGGCUUGUUCAGUGAAUUGUUCAGAGAUUGGUGAAAUAAGCAAAUGUCUUACACAAGUAAAAAAUAUAUUUUGUGAGUUGCUCCAUUUUGUAAUACACAACAGUAUUAUUUGUAAUGAUGUAGACAGAUGACUGUUUACCAUUUGCUUUUGCUUAGUUUGUUACUAACAACGGCAAUUUAAGAAUCCUUCCAUACAAUUAAUGCAUUUAACACUACUCUGUAUAUUGCAUUUCAUUCAUUUGUAAUAUGUUGAGAAAUCAAGUCACAAAGUUAGAACUGUAAUGUGCAAUACAGCUACAUGUUUUCAGUUCAUUUUCUGCCUUACAAUAGUGAACUGUAUACAGCUGUACAAUUGCAUUUUUUUUAAACAUAGCACAAUGUGUAUUUUUAGUAUUUAAUGGUAGGGUUAUGUGCUGUUAUUUUUGUGAGCUGUUAUUGAAUCAUGACGCUUCAUUAUGUAAUGCUAUUUUAACUUAUUUUGGUAAUACGUUGGGGUAUGCAUUCUUCGGUACACCUGAAUAAACAUUCUCUUUGUCCUUUUCAA